UCGCCGUCGUGUGUACAAAAGCCGGCGCCUUUGGCUUCCCCAUCUCACACCGUUCCUCGCCCACCUCUCCGAGCUCCCAAACGCGAAGCAGCGGCGCCGGCGAGCGGGCGGGAGGCGAGGGGGUCUUUUCCCUUUCUCUUGCGCGCAUCCCGUCCCGACAGCACGCGUCGUCCCUCUUCGUCCCAACCGCGGGCGUCGGCGGCGCCGGCAUUCUUCUCCAUUGCGCUGGGAUCGCUUACGUCCCAUUUUUAGUCUAAAGUGGUCAUCCUAGCUGUUUUAACAGUUGAUACAGGGAUCACUUAUGUCCCAUGUUUAGUCUAAAGUGGUCAGUGGUCACCCAUCAGUGGUUUAAGCCCCAGGCAGCACACAGCUUUUCUUGGAUUCCGGUGGGAUGCCCUACAGCUAUCAUUGUUCCAAGAAAAUGGUUGCAGCAGCCUUUACAGUGGAUUUGGACAAGCCUCUUGUAUUCCAGGUUGGUCAUCUAGAGGAGCAGUAUCAGGAAUGGGUUCACCAGCCGAUUGUUAGCAAGGAAGGCCCACGAUUUUUCCAAAAUGAUGUACUGGAGUUCUUAACACGCACAAAAUGGUGGGCAGUUCCUCUUAUCUGGUUGCCUGUUGUCUGUUGGUGCCUGAGUACUUCUAUCCAGAUGGGCCAUACAAUAACAGAAGUAGCUAUGAUGGUUGUGUUUGGGAUAUGUCUUUGGACACUGAUUGAAUAUGUGUUGCACCGAUUCUUGUUCCACAUAAAAACCAAAAGUUACUGGGGGAACACAGCGCAUUAUCUUCUUCAUGGAUGCCAUCACAAGCAUCCUAUGGAUGGACUUCGACUUGUCUUUCCACCUGCUGCAGCAGCUAUUUUGUGCUUUCCGUUCUGGAACCUGAUCAAGCUAUUUUCGACUCCCUCUACCACUCCUGGCAUUUUUGGAGGCGGCCUUUUGGGUUAUGUGAUCUAUGAUUGCACACAUUACUACUUGCAUCAUGGCCAGCCAUCAUCAGAUCCUGCAAAACAUCUCAAGAAAUACCAUCUGAACCAUCACUUCAGAAUUCAAACCAAGGGAUUUGGAAUUACUUCGACCCUGUGGGAUCAUGUAUUUGGCACAUUGCCAUCAACAAAAAGUGUUGACAAGAGCACUUGAUUUCAACUGAAUCUUCUGCCUUGCAAAGCAUAUUGAGAGUCGUCAUGAUUGGCAGUGGAGUGCUGGAGGAGCAACUAUUAUUCAGUUAUUGAUUCUUCUAGGCUGAAUCACCAGUUGCAGGCUCACAGACGUCACUGAAGAACAAUUUCAUUUCUAGUCCAGUCCAUCAGCGAUCAUUGAGAUUAUGUCUGUAAUAUCUGUUGUUAGAUUACCAUGUAUGUACAGAGUUUUCUAGUAUAGCCUCUGCAAUCCCUUUUGGUAGCCACAGUUAUAUAUCUACAUUAUUUUGAGACAAGUAAUUUAUUAAAUAUUGAACUUUUAUCAGCGCAAUGAACUUGUUGAGUUUUGGUAGUGCGA